GUCACCUGACCACCCCAGGAAAGGAAGAGGGUUUAUGAUAACAUGGCUGCCGCUUUCUAAUUUUGACUAGUUAUCAGAGCUAGCUUUUAAUCAAACCACCGAUUUAGUUUAUAAAAUAGGUUGGUUUUGAUUAUUGUACGAGAUGGCUCAGUGUGUUUUGUCCGUACACGAGUUUAUUCAGGAUUCGUUUGUCCCCAUGAUAGCCGUCUUAAGUAGUGGCGAAGCGGAAAGAGUCACUAGGAAGAACAAUCUGAAUUUUGCCGAGCUGCUAAAGCCGUUCUGUCGACUGACAUCUGAAGGUCACAUCCGGGAUCCCAACAACCAGCUCCAGACUGUGAAAAACUUGCGGAUUUGUGUCAACAAUGUGGUGACAAGCCCUAGCACAUCAUCUGCUGCCCUUGGGACCUCUCAGAAUCGUCUCCUCAGUGAAGUUGUGUUUUCCUGUCAGCCACAGGAGGGUGUACAGUCUACUGUCAUGAGAACAGGAGACUAUAAUUUAAACUUAAGCGUUACCACACCCUGGUUUGAGGCCUACAGGGAAAACUUUUUCCAGUCGAUGCCUGCCUCUGACCAUGAGUUCUUGAAUCACUACCUGGCCUGCAUGCUGGUGGUGUCAUCCACUGAGGCUGUCCCUGUGGAGCAGUUCCUGAAGCUUUCCCAGGAGCAGCACAGGAUUCAGCACAGUGGAGAAUACACUGAUCCAAAGUGGUUUAUUCCCAACACACUGAAGUACUAUGUGUUACUGCAUGACAUGAAUGAGGGAGAUGAACAAAGGGCAGAUAUGGUUUAUGAAGACAUGAAACAAAGGUAUGGUUCUCAUGGAUGUUACCUGUUGAAAAUCAACUCUCGUGCCUCUUCACCACCUGAGGAAGAUGAGCAGAUUCCAGACCCCUGGAGUCAAUACCUGCACAAGCAAAACCUUCGGAACCAGGACUUGUCGGAUCUUACUCCACCUGUUAAUGUCGCUUCUGCUCAGAACAGCGUUGUUACACCUGAAACUGAUUGCUGUGACUCAACAGAGAAAGGACCUGGAGUGUCCAGUUGCUUGGAUACUCAUCCUCUUCAACUCGAUGCAGACAGCAGCACUGGCAGCCUUUUAACACUGAGCCAGGUUGACAGUGAUGCGAAGACAAGUACAGGAGACAUAGACAGCCUUCCUGCAGGAGGAGGGCACCAUGGGGCCUGUCUGACCCUGAAUGACCACGACCAUAUCAGACAGUUUAUCCAAGAAUUCACUUUCAGAGGCUUGCUACCGCACAUUGAAAAAAACAUCAGACAACUGAAUGACCAGCUGGUUUCAAGGAAAGGGCUGAGCCGUUCUUUGUUCUCGGCUACCAAGAAGUGGUUUGGUGGAGGUAAAGUUCCAGAGAAGGGCAUCAGUGAACCAAAGAGUACAUAUGGCAUUCAAUACCCCCCUGAAGCUCCUGAGCUACAGAUCAGGAAGAUGGCUGACCUUUGUUUUCUGGUACAGCACUAUGAACUGGCCUAUAGUUGUUACCACACUGCCAAGAAGGACUUUCUGUCAGACCAGGCUAUGCUUUAUGCUGCAGGGGCACUGGAAAUGGCUGCAGUGUCCGCCUUUCUGCAAGGUGGAGCCCCAAGACCAUAUCCAGGCCACUAUAUGGAAACUGCAAUACAGACGUACAGAGAUGUCUGCAAGAGCAUGGUGCUGGCUGAGCGCUGUGCGUUGCUCAGUGCUGAGAUACUGAAAAGUCAGGGAAAAUAUUCAGAAGCUGCAACUCUUCUUAUUAAGAUGACCAGUGAGGAUUCGGACCUUCGCAGCGCUCUACUGUUGGAACAGGCAGCCCAUUGUUUCAUUAACAUGCGAAACCCUAUGGUGCGCAAGUUUGCCUUCCAUAUGAUUCUGGCUGGUCAUCGCUUCAGCAAAGCUGGACAGAGGAGGCAUGCACUGCGCUGUUACACUCAAGCCAUGCAGGUCUACAAGGACAGGGGCUGGUCCUUGGCAGAGGAUCAUAUCAACUUUACAAUUGGCCGUCAGUCCUUUACACUUGGGCAACCUGAGAACGCUUUACUGGCCUUCAGGCAGAUUCUGAUUAAUGAUAGCAGACAGACAGCCACACAGCAGGCUGCCUUCCUCAGAGAGUACCUCUAUGUUGUCAAGAGUGUCCUUGGAGAAAAUGAAGGUUGCCUCCCCCAGCUCCCACUACCUUUCAUUCAUAGCUCUGCUACAAGAGUCUACUUUGGACAUGAACGGCGUCUUGCAGAAGGUGAGAAGCAGGCAGCUACUGAUGUUUCUUUGGAUCAAGAGUAUGACCAGGAUUUGUCAGUCUUGUGGUGCCAGCUUGAGGAGCAGCUUGUAGCAUCUGCCAAUCAAGGGAUUCUUCCUAAUAACUUCCAGCCUUCUCAGUCCUGUCUGAACAGUCAGACAGACAACCUACAUCACCCACUGGCUGUAGUGGAAGAACCAAUUAUUAUAGAGGUCACAUUCAGGAACCCUUUGAAGGUUUCUCUGCUUCUCUCAAACCUAUCACUUCUCUGGAGGUUUACUACUGGCACACUUUCAGUGGGAAAGGAAUCAACAAGUGACCAGUUACUCGGAGAGAUGAUCACUAAUGAAAACACUUUAGCAGGCAAGGAUGAAAUGGUCACAACACAGAUCAUCAAAGAGUUCUACCUGGGAUCAGAGGAGACCAAAACCGCCCGACUGAAGCUGCUGCCACACAGAACUGGUCAGCUGAAUAUUGUUGGCGUCAUCUACAACCUGACUUCAUCUAAUUUUGGGGAAGCUUCCUCAAACACUGAAGGGCAGCAAACGUUAGACUCCAUAAUCAUUCGUGGUAGACAGGACCUGCAGAUCCAGGGUCCACGGCUUAACCUGACCAAAGAAGACAAGAUGCUAGUUCGGCAUGGUACGGAUCGACGUUUGGAGCCCAUCAUAACUUCACCUAUGCCUCUAAUGGAGGUUUUCUUCUUGCAGUUUCCCACUGCCCUGCUGUGUGGUGAGAUCAGGAAAGCUUACGUUGAGUUCUGCAACGUUAGUGCGGUUGCUCUAUGUGGUCUCCGUGUGGCUUCGACACAUCCUGAUUUCUUCACAUUUGGCAGCCAACCCAACCCAGGCUCUACUGAGAACUGCUCAGCCUAUGCAACUUUUCCUACACCACUUCAGCCAGACUCAAUGUCCUCCGAGAUGUUGGUUUCUGCUCCUGAUUUCAGUCAACCCUCUGGGGUAAUGGAAAUCCCAAUACUUGGCAGUACACUACAACCAGGGGAGUCCAUUCAAUUGCCUCUGUGGCUCCGAGGACCAGACCGGGAAGGAGUCCAUGAAAUCAACUUUCUGUUCUACUAUGAGAGCACAGAGAAAGGACCGAAAAUCAGUCAUCGAGUGUUGCGUCACACAGUGUUUAUCUGUGCCAGUCGGUCUUUGAGUGUACAGGCCUCCGCCUGCCGCAGCAGUGCUUCCCCACAUCACUCUGUAGAUGACAAAGGCAUUGGAGGGACACUUGUUUUUAUUGAUGUGGAGAACGUGAAUGCGAGUGAAAGUGAUGUCCAUGAGUUUCACAUUGUCCAGGUGUCUAGCAGCAGUCAGCACUGGUGUCUCCACAAGUAUAUCAAUCCGUACAACAAUUAUGAUUGCAGACUGAGCAGUCGAGAAAGAGCUAAGCUAUGUUUUAAGGCCAUGCGAUGCAAACCCCAUGAAGGCUCUGAUGCUGUAAAGGAAUACACUUUUUCAGACCUAAAUCUUGGAAAUCAAAGGAUCAUCAGUUCUUCCACACCAUGUGGAGAUUUCUUCUUCCGUUGCCUUCAGAGCUCUGAGUUUCAACAAGUGAAUUUAACAACCAGGACAUCCUUCAGCAGCAAAAGUCAGGGCCCUCCCCCCACUGACACUGGUUCCGACAUUACAAGUAUUGCCAAGAAAUGUAACGAGAUUGACCUUAAUAUAAUUGUCAUCUGGAAGGCAUAUGUUGUUGAGGACAAUAAACAGCUCAUCUUAGAAGGCCAGCUUCAUGUGGCCCUGCAGACAAUUGGCAAAGAGGCCAGUUCUCUGAUUCCCAAAGAGGAAGCUCCAGAGAUGAUGCUUCUCAGGUUUAAAUCGGACUUGCCUUCUUCAGUCAUUCUGCCUUAUCUAGAGCUUUCCCAACUCAUCAGAACUAACCUCUGCUAUCCUGAAACCUUUACACAUCCGUUUGUCAAAGACAG